AUGGAGAAUGUUAAUGACCCUAAGGAAGUAGGUGUGGGUUCUUCCGACACAGAGUUCCAGAGCCAGAACCAGCCCAGUGGUGACAGCGGAGCCGACGCUCACCUUGCACGCUCACGAGAUGACAGGGAUGAGCGGGGACCCAGAAUGACUAAGAAUUUCCUGCAAAAACUCUGCAAACAGCACAAGCUCUACCUGACACCUGCACUGAAUGACACUCUGUAUCUGCACUUCAAAGGUGAGGGCAUGGAUUCAGAGGAUUCAUUAUCUGCAGAGAUCAUCUUGGCUUGUGCCGAGGCCUGGGCCCGGGGUGGGCUAGCAGCCGAGAAGGAGGAAAGGCGGCAGUGGGAGACAAGGGAGCGCAAGAAGAUCCUGGACAGCCUGGAGGCCUUGGCCAUGAUCAAGCGCCGGUCUGAGGAGCGGCGAAGGGAGAAGGCAGGCCAGGAGAGAGGGGAGAAGCCACAGCCACAAGGUGCGGAGGGUGAGCCUGCCAGCGAGGAAGGGCCGCCAGCGCCCCCCGCGGACGCAGAAACGCAGCGGAAAGUAGAGUUGUUCGUUAACGAAAGCUUUGAGGCCAAGGACGAGCUGUUUCCAGAAAAGUCGGGUGGAGAAGAGGAGCUGCCCUUGGAGGCGAACAGAGAGAGAGAAGAGCCAGCGCAGGCCCUGGCCCCUGGGGGAGCUGCACCCCAAGAGUCCCCCAGCCCUGGGUCGGCGGCUGAUGGCGGCUUAGCUGUGGCGUCUGGUGAGGAUUUCGAACCUGUGGCCCUGGAGACCAAGGAGAAGCUCUUCAUCGAUGACCUGCCUGACUUGGAGGACGUUGACGGUACUGAUGCAUCUCUGGAGGAGCAGGAAUCUUGUCCAAAGAUCGAGGCCAUCUCAAGCUUGAGUGACGACGAUGCCGACAGUGACCCUGAGCUGAACCACACCCACGUGGGCGCCCUGACCGGCAUCUUCACCCUCUCUAAGGACCCCUCCAAGAAGGCCCGGCAGCCUUUUAUGGGCGUAUUUAAGGAAGGGACAAGUGAGCAGACACAAAGGCAGACCACAGCAGCCCUGGGGCCACUCAUUCAGGAGCUCAGUGACCCUGAGCCCGCAGGCCAGCUGCCCCUACCCUGCACGACAGACCCUGCACCUGCCCCUUCCCAAGAGGCUGGGGACAGUCACCCACCAGGUGACAAAAUGGAAAAGCAUGAGGUAUGGUCGGUGGCAAAGCCCAGCAUGGAGACAGGCCGAGAGGACAUUGAGUUUGGCUUGGACUGAAGCCAAGGUGGCCCUCACCAUCAAACUGGCAGGGGCAGGGAGUGGGCACGGGCUACCCCUUCCUCCCACAGGGUGGCCACGGAGCCCACUCUGAAGGCUGGGCUGUGA